CUCCCUUCAUUCGUACUUUACUAGCAAAUAAGGCCCUAGAAAACGCUUAUAUUUAUGCCCUCCAUUAUAUUUAUCAAAGUCCAGGAUACCCCCUCAUAAAUAAGAGAGAGGGCUGACUGUAGCAUAAUCAACCGACCUGAAAGAAACAGUCGACCAUGACGACGAGACGACGGUACCACCUCUCCCUUGACCUGUGGUUCAUAUGGACUUGUGGUGCCUUAUCCUCAGUGACAGCAGCUCCCCCCACACCAUGUGAAAAGGACUCUGACUGUCAUGCGAUGCAAGCCCCCGAAUCGGUGUGUGGCAUCGACGGUUUUUGCAGCAACGCGUUUGCGAGUGGCUGCCUCUACCAACGAAUGCCCGGCUGGACCAAGAAGCGAGUCUGUAACAGUGAAGAUCCACCCGAUGCGGCAGCACAAGGCAUUUGUGAGACUCCCCAAUUUGACUAUCAAGAAGUACGAAUCAUGGCUGGCAACUGGGAAUCCAUCACCUUGAAUGCGUGGUUAAUGCAGGUCUUGCUCUCGGAAAUUCUAGGAGUCCCGACCACUCUGGAAGCUUCCAUCCCAGCACGCAAUAGCUUUUUCGAACCUUCCGGUGCCUUUGAAUACGGGUCACUCGAUACGGUUCAAUCCUUUGAGAACAACUUCAAGUACAAGGGGUGCGAAAAAGCGAGUCGCGAUCCCGACAACUACGAGACUUGUGCCAACUUGAGUCCGGAGUUUUGGAUUGCCACGGGAGAGUGGGCCCAGGAAGCACAGCAGCGGGGAUUGCUGGAGCCACCCGAAGCCUUGGGAGUUCUAGCAAGGGAGACGCUAUUUGUUCCCAAAUUCACACUGGAACGAGAUGCUAGCUUGCUCUCCUACAUUGGAAUGCAGGGGGAGAAAAAUCGACAAAAGUUGGCAGAUGCCUUCUUACGUCCAACCCUCUGGAAAGACUAUUGCCUCGAAGUUUCACCCAACAACUGCAGUACGCCGGAUGAGAAUGCCCAGCGCCCUCCCGAAGACGACGACGAGGGAGACCGAUUCUUUUUGAAGGACGAGUACACGGGCUAUUUUCGCAAAACCGAUGCCAACAAUUGCACUUUGAAUCCAGAUACUUGCACUGGUCAUUUGGUGGAUUAUCCUUGCGAAUGGAGCUCCUAUGCCGAACAGCAAUUGUAUCACUUGAAUAUUUCCUUGUCGGGCGACAAACACGGAGAAGGCGAACGUGGGCAUGGGGAUUGGCAAACGGUACAAAUUCUCAAUGCCGCAAACCAUACCAAGAGCAACGUCAUUAUCAUGUGGGCGCAGCCCGAUCCAUUCUAUCAACGAUUAGUAGGCACUGACAUGGAGUUGCAUGCCGUCGUCAUGCCUCCCGUUUCACAGGAAUGCCUCGAUCACAAACGUGGCUACAAUGAUCAGUGUUCCGGUGAUAUGGAAAUUCGCGCGGGAGAUCCAAGAGGUGCCUGUGAGGAUCCAAUGACAUUGUUGCACAAGGUAUUCGCGACAACACUCACCGAUGAACUCAAUGAUCCUGAUAUUAUACCAGCGGAAAAGAGUCCCGCUGUCCCUGCAAUUCAACAAUUCUCAAUGUCCUCGCCUCUGUACGGUGAUUGGUUCAAUGUACUCAUCCAACACGAAGCACUCAGCAAGGAGACUACCUCUCUGAUGCGAAAUGCAACCUGCAACUUUGUCGUGGACAAAUUUGACGUUCUCCUGGAAAAGUGGAUACCGUUUUCAUACCCACGAGUCGUUAUGGAUGGCCAAGAGAAUUCGGCACUCAUUAUUGCCUCGGUGGUAUUGGCGUGCCUGUCGACGGUGCUUGCUGUGGCUGCCGCGAUAGUGGUACACAAAACGCAACAUCGACGGGUCAUGCGGUACGCGCAGAUUGAAUUCCUACAUUUGAUGCUGGCAGGAAUACUGGUGAUAUCCUCUGGGGCGCUAGUCACGGCAAUCCCACCCACCAUGGGUUCUUGUGUGGCGGCAAUUUGGCUUGUCAACGUUGGAUACACAAUGGAAUUGGCACCCUUGUUGGUCAAGGUAGCAGCCAUCAAUCGACUCAUGAAUGCAUCGGACAGGAUGCAAAAGAUCAACAUCGAACGCAAGGAUCUCUUCCAAGUCGUCCUUGCCAUUUCCACGGGAGUCGUGAUCUUUGUCAUCAUCUGGACUGCCGUGGAUGCACCAGAGAAACAAGCUGAACUGGAGCUGUCGACUUCAUUAACUGCCGCGAACGAAACGAUCGUUUACAGGAGUUACUACUGCAGCUCCGAGUCGGAUGCUUGGAUGUAUGUCAGUUUUAGUUGGAUUUGUGUUCUAUUGUUCAGCAGCUCCGUCUUGGCUUUCCAGAUGAGAAAUGUGCGACAAGAGUUCAAUGAGAGCCAGACAUUGGGUAUGCUGACAUAUAGUCACUUCCUCUUUGCCAUCCUGAGGUUUAUAGUUUUCUUCCUGGAUGAGUUGGCACAGUCAGAUCGAGCUGGAUUUCUCAGUAUUCUCUUGAGUGCGGACUCGAUUGCAGCGCUCCUCAUCUAUUUCUUCCCGAAGUUCUUGGCGUUGCGGGACCCGGACGUAUCAAUGCGGUCUUCUUCGAUGGCGAUUGGGGCAAGCCGGUCAAUGAGCGCGUAUCCAUCCAACAAUGGCACUAAUACUAGUGGGCCUCCUUCUGGCGUGAGUGGGCAGCUUUCCGGACCACCUUCAGAUGUGGUGUCAUCAUGUGUCAUACCGCUUCCUACGUCGGAGGAAAGAAUGCCGGAGUCAUUUGCAGAAGAACCAGAACAUGCAAUGAAAAACGUGGGCGAUCCGGCAGAGAAGACAACAGAGGGGUUAUCGGAGGAUCAAGUUCCUCGAGCAACUAUCGAGAACACGGAGACGAGAGACGGUGUGAAAGUCAGAUUCGAGCACGAAGAAGAUGUCGCACCGACAAAGGAUGUAGAAGAAUGAUGAUUGUGUCGCUAAGACCUACGACAACAUGUACUGAGUACAACACAAGUUGAGAAUCCCAUACCACCAGUGUACAAGCGAAAAACAGAACGAUAUUGCCAAACAACCAGAGCGAAACCAGGACGCUCGUUGUGUCGAGCGCAUGAGUUCAAUCAACAACAAGAUCCGUUUCGAUACUUCUCUCCCAAUAAAGGGACGAAUGCGCGGGGAUAAACUAGUGGACCGAAGCGAAGGCUCUUAUGCUUCCCUUGCUUUACUACUACGUAACUAGAUAACAUGCACAAAAUUUGAGUGUC